ACAUAAAUAAAAAAACGAGAAAAAAAAGGCCUGAAAGUUUGGUUGCACUGAAAACCCCAAACCCGAAAGACAAGACAAGACCGACAAAAUCGGAGAAUUGCUUUUGACACUGACAGUCUGGUCAUCUGUUGGUCAAUUCCUGAAAUACGGUGCGAAAUUCACAUCUGAUAAAUCUUUGAAAAACAACCCAAUAUUUGCCUACUUCGACUUGGAUCUACUUCUCAAUUCUCGUUUACAUCACUGAAUCUGAGUUUUUUUUUUCUGCCUUCGAAGAUGAUGCAGAGUAAGGGAUCCAAUAGCAAAGUCUCAAAUAUGGUGUUUCGAACACGAAUCUCGUCGUUGUUGAUCUCCAUGUUUGCAAUUUUUGCAUCUUUUUACGUUGCUGGCAGAUUAUGGCAGGAUGCACAAACCAGGGUUUAUUUGAUAAAAGAGCUUGAUAGAGUGACAGGGCUGGGCAAAUCUGCUAUAUCAGUAGAUGAUACUUUGAAAAUCAUUGCCUGCAGGGAACAACACAAGAAAUUAUCGACCCUUAAGAUGGAUCUCGCUGCAGCUAGCCGAGGGUUUACUUCGAAGCGAUCUUCGGAUACUAAUGGAGCUGUUUCAAAGAGAAUACCACUUGUAGUAAUAGGAGUUCCAACAGGAUUUGGCCGUAAGAACAAUAGAGAUGCUAUACGUAAGGCGUGGAUGGGAAGCGGUGCAACUUUGGAGAAAAUGGAAGAAAAGGGCAUAGUUUCACGAUUUGUCAUUGGAAGAAGCGCGGACCGAGGGGACAAUUUGGACAGGAACGUUGAUGAUGAAAAUAGGCAAACAAAUGACUUUAUGAUUCUUGACCAAGUGGAAGCACCUGGGGAGCUUCCAAAGAAGGCCAAAAUGUUUUUUGCUCUUGCUGCAGAUAGAUGGGAUGCUGAUUUUUAUGCAAAAGUCAGCGACGAUGUUUAUGUAAAUAUCGAUGCCUUGGGAGCUACACUUACAUCACAUCUAGAUAAACCUCGAGUUUAUAUUGGCUGUAUGAAAUCAGGCGAAGUUUUUUCAGAACCGAGCCAUAAAUGGUAUGAACCGGAUUGGUGGAAGUUUGGUGAUAAAAAAUCAUAUUUCCGCCAUGCUUCAGGUGAAAUGUAUGUUAUAUCAGGCGCUUUGGCUAAAUUUAUUUCGAUAAACAGAAAUCUUCUGCGCACAUAUGCUCAUGAUGAUGUCAGCGCUGGAUCGUGGUUUUUAGGGCUUGAUGUCAAACAUGUAGAUGAAGGGAAGUUUUGCUGCUCAUCUUGGUUCACAGGAGUUAUUUGUUAUGGAGUUUGAGUUUAUUUACAGACACCGGAAAGCAAAUACGAGGCUGAUGCUAUGGGAUAGGAUGUAUUGUAUUUACAAAUAACCACAAUCUGCUCCCAUUAAUUUGAUGAAAAAGUGCU